AUGUCCUCAGUCCUUGGCUUCCUCCGCCGUAAUUGGCAAGCCUACUCUCCCCCGGAACCACCAAAGAACACCAACCCUAUCAAGUUCGGAAUUCUUGGUGCAGCAAAUAUUGCUGCAAACGCUUUGAUCGCUCCAGCGAAAUCUCACCCGGAUGUUAAGAUCCAUGCUGUAGCGGCUCGUCAGAAAGAUAAGGCCAAGGCAUAUGCCAAAAAGCAUAAUAUUCCUCACGCGUUCGACAGCUACCAAGCUAACUUUGUCUACGUAGCAAUCCUCGAUGACCCCUCCAUCGAUGCUGUAUAUAUCCCCCUUGUCGCUAGCUUACACUACGAAUGGGCAAUCAAAGCAAUCGCCAAAGGAAAGCAUGUACUACUUGAAAAGCCAGCCACAGUCAAUGCAGCCGAGGCAGAGAUGCUAUUCCGGUCGCCACUGCUACGACAGCCCAAUGCACCUGUUCUUCUCGAAGCAAUGCACUUUCGCUUCCAGCCGAGUUGGCAAUACUUCCUCAGCUUGGUUGACCAUGAGAACAUACAAACUGUCGACUCUGUCGCAGAGUUACCAUCGUAUAUCAUAUCCAAGGGAAACGCACAGCUCGAGUAUAACUUAGGUGGCGGGACUAUGCUUCAUCUAGGCACAUAUCCUAUGUAUGCACUGCGUCAGAUCAUGGGUGACGAGCCUAAGGAGUGUGUUACGUGCAGAAUUAGGAGUACUCCUCCUCCCGUCGAUCUCUCCGACGAAUCUACUGAGGUUCGUUUUCGCUUUCAUGGUGGACGGAUUGGAAAUGCUGUAAUCAAUGCGCGAGCAUCAGUUACCACUUUGCCAACAUUCAACAUAUCGGUGUGUCAUAAAGAAAUCAAGUUGGAGGACAUGACACUUCCGAAAGGACAGACUAAGUGGACGCGCAGGAAGCUAAGCAUCAGCAACUUCCUUAUAUCAUCCUUUUGGCACCGCAUUGAUAUCGUGGACGAGUACGCCAUUCGGGACGAGACGAAUGAGAAAGACUUGAAGAAAUGGACAGUCAAGCAGUCCAAGAAGGUCUAUACGUUCAAAGACGCCAAUGUCGACCAGCCGAGUGAGCCAUUUUGGUCAUCAUUUCGCCAUCAGCUGGAGCAGUUCGUGAAUCGCAUUCGCGGAAAACAGGGAUCUGGACUCUGGGUUGACCAGGAGGACAGCAUUGCACAGGCGAGAAUGAUCGACAUGGCUUAUGAGAAAUCUGGACUGCCGUUGCGGCCAACAAGCAAGUUUAGACUGGAAAUAUCUACAGGCGAUUUAUUGGGUUGA